GACAGAAACUUCUUUGAUCUCGUCUUUCUUCGAGGCACGGCGCCUUGGUCCUCACUCCCGGUGCGAGGUGCUCUUGAAGUCUGCCAGUGACCAAGCAAGUUGGACGGACCGGGAUCACCUCACGUGCGUUUCGGUACCGCGGGAGAGCCCCUGGUUGAAGCGUGCGUCCAGUGUUCUGAUGCCCCAAGGAACAAUAGACAGUGUUCUGAGUUCUGAUGCCACGAUGUGGAAUGGACAACAAGCUCUGUCCCCUCUACCAGGUACCGGCAACGAUCUCGGGGCUGGUCUACGGUCACGAUACUACCGAGCGCGAGCACUGCGGUCGACUGUGUCUUCUUGCUUCGGUGUCAAAACCAUCCAUUAAGAGAGAAUGGACUGAUCCUUGAUAGAGGCAGCAACCACAGAGGCAAGGGGCAAGGUUUUCCCGGCAGGAGUAGGGUCCGAGAGCCGUUUGUUUAGGAGUAACAGAUGACUGAUCUAGCAACCGAUACGAUAGAUGGGAGCCAAUCGGAACAGCCCAGCAAAAGUACGCCGACAAAAAGAAAUGAACGGAGCAGCACGAUGCAACGAAACCGGGAGCCGGAAACUGAUUAUAUUUGUACCACAAUCAAAGCCCCAACCGCAAUGCCUAUGUUGCUGCGCUAAUCUACCACCACGAAAUCCGAUUGUGUCCUGUCAGUGCUUUUUUCCCAGGGUGACUGAGAUUUUGUAACGCGUCCUGGUAAUGAUUGAAAAGACGUCUGGUAUGUUGAUAUCUCUAAUUUUGGCUCCUUAUUUGUUAAAAAACAUUGUCCACAAAAUUGGGGAGCAUGACGUUAUCAACCACGUGUAUAACUCCAUUGCAUGCUUCGAUGUCGGAUUCGACGAUUUUGGGGAUGAUGUUGUUUUUGCGGUUGCCACCGCCCUUUUGGUAGAACUCCCAUAAAUCGGUGUCGGGAUUUUUGAUGCAUUUCGUACGGGACAUUCCUCCGAGGGCCAUUUCGACCAACCCGGUGCAUUUCAAGUCCUUCGCCCUGACAAUGCUUCCGGGGGAUGUUGCGUGGUAAGAAACAAUGGUUCCGGCUUCGGGGAUCGCUUUCAGGAAAUCCAGCAUCUGGCCAUCAAAUGCGGCGUUGGUGGGAGCAAACAGCGUGAAGGACUCCAUAUCCUCCACACGCAAUGACGGAUCGGCCAUCUCGGUGAACAAAUCACACAGAAUGGUAAAAUCGUCAUUCGAACAAACAUAUUCGGCUGUGACACGGAUCCCGCAAGGAACGACGAAGAAAAGAAGGGAGAAGAAGAAACGCAGCAGGACAAGGAAUGGUUAGGUUCGACGUGCGAUUUCAUUCGCCCUACUUUAUACAAAUCGUUGGCUUUGAUCUUACAGAUCGUUUGGCAAUCCUUGUCUCCCUGGACAGUUUCCCCUGCUUUCAGGGUUUUGCUGAACAUGAUCGAUCCGUCGAUGUUCACCAGCUGGACGCUCAACUCGGAACCAUCUUCCGAUACUUCAGCAUACCCAAAGGAUUGCAAUUCGUGGACUUCCGGAGCGAGGCUUGCCCACCUUUCGUAGCCCAUAGUAAGAGGGCCCAUCUCUAACGAUUGCAUCGACGAGAAGAAAAUGUGGUACAAAAUUUCGAAUGUUGGGUGAGAUAACCGUUAGCAAAUCAUCAUAUCUCUCACAGCAAUCUUUUACAGAGCAUCUCACCGUAUUGGUAUUCGGCGCCAAAACUCGUGUCCAUGUAGUUUGGUCMGAAAGAACCAGCAUGUAUUGGGCCGAUCACGAACUCGUCCAUGGGUCUGAAGUUGGUAAAGUUUCCCUCGGCACGAUCGGGGUGCAAGUUGACGUGGGCAGUGAAGUGAACGUCACUAGUAAGGGAGACGAUUCCCGUGAUGCCUUCCUUCUCGAUGAAAGAAAGCAGUUCCUUGAAUUCGAGCUCCCGUCCCAAUAUUUUCGGGUCGCUGUUCCCAUAGGAAUCGAAGUCACCCUCGCUACCCGUGACGAUACCAAAGGGGUCGUGGCUGGAAAUUACCUUCCACGUGGCCGUAGACGCUUUCAACGAAUUCUUGAGCCAUUCGGUUUGCUCUGGUCCCAUCAUCCCGGCAAUAUCUUCGUUCGUGUUGUCUGGAUUCGGGUCGCGGAAGGAUCGGUAGUCAGGGAAAAAAAUUUCAAGGUGCUUACCGAAUUUCUGGGAUCGGUAAAUGGACUGCCCGUCCAAAAUGGGGUUGUACUCGUAAAAAGCCUUGAGAGAAUUCUCGUACAGGGUGUCCACCUCUAAACCUUCUUCAUAGAGACUCGAUCCGGUCAUGAUCUCACCUGUGAUACGAAAGCACAGGAGGAGGAGCAAUUCUGUGAGUGUUUCACAAACGCAAUUGCGAGAUCACAAUUUACAACCGACAGAAACCAUCUUACCGGGCCACCAGUUAUUUGUCACCUCGUGAUCGUCCCACUGAACGAAAACGGGAAUCUUUGAGAGGAAACUUUGCAUCUUGUCGUCACCAAAGUUGUAUUUCCAGUUGUAUCGGAAUUCAUCGAGCGUUACGGCGACGAAUGGCUUCGACGGAUUGUUGGUCCACACACCCAAUGUCUCGGUGCCGUUGGUGUAUGCUUUGGAUGGCGGGAUGGAGUCGUCCGCGUAGAUCAUGUCCCCUUGAAAGAGUGCAAAAUCCGGUUCCAGGCCCUCCAUCGUGUCGAAAACGACGUAUCCCCCCUUUACGGUUGUUCCGUCAACCAUUGUGACCUCGAAAUCGGGAUUGCGCCCGUAUCCCUGACCUGCCAAGUCUGCUGCCCAGACAAAUUUUAUAGGAACCUCUUGGUCAUUGGCGGGAGCUGUUUUGAAGGAACCAGUUCCAGGAGUUCCCGAGUUUGAGCAGGAAACCGUGUAUUUGUAAAGAGAGAAACUGUCGAGGUCUUUAAUCUGAAAGGUGUGGGUAAAAUCCGUGUCCGCAUCGACGGUGGCAUCUUGUGGUUCUGGACAGCUUUCAUCGCUGCACUCGAACACGAUACCGACAGAAGUAGAGGUUUCGUCGUUGCAGCGGGCCAUCACAUUUGCGGAUGAUGCAGAAAUUUCACCGGACUGGACAAAGACAUCGAUGGUGCUAAGAGGAAGUUCCUGUGCACCAGCGAACACGAUGCCGAAAAGCAAGACCUUUAGAGCGUUCGAAAACAUGUUGCUUUUGCUGUUGCUGAUCUCCCUGGUGUUGUUUUUGCUGCUGCUGCUGCAGUUGUUGUCUCGGGAUUUUUUUGUACAAAUAAAGAGAUUUUUGGCGCAUUCAGCUGACACGUCGACAUGCGCGAUCGGAAAGAUCCAAUGAUUGAGACAAUCUUCCUCCUUCGCCUCGAGUCUCGUCUUUCUGGUGUUGUUGCGGAGAUUUCGUUCCUUCACGAGACAAAAAUCCCUGUCAAUCAAUGGCAUCAAACGUUUUGAACUAUCCAAAGAACUCAAUUCGCUAAAAAGAGAUCCUAGAAGAUCUUUUUUUCAACGGCCUUUCUCCGCCUCGUUGAAUUGGAAGAUUCUCAGUUUUUCGAUGCCAACACUCAAUUACAGUAUCGAUUACCAGGUACAAAAUGAUAAGCUUAUUACGAAGUAUUUUUUUUUCACGAGAAUGGAUUCGAACCUCCAACUUCCAACAGGCCUACUCGUACUUCCUCAAGUACAUUCAAUCAAAAUAUUCUAUUUUUGAUAGACUGGCAGACGGUUACUUUAGACUGCAUGAUGCUUCUUUUGUCACUUCUUCUUAUGAGUGCUACCUCCACAUGGAGAUACAUAAUUAUGUUGGGGACUUCUCUUUGUCAUGGAAUCAACAAAUAAUUAGGAGUGCUACUACUACAAAGACUACUAUUUUGACUUCUAUUAGUAGGCCUACAGCAACUGAUGGUAGCACAAGAAGAAAAAUGUACACAUGAUGUCAGCUAUCACUUCACUCCAUUUCUCAACUAAUUCUGCACAAAAACAGGUGCAAUUGUUAAGAUUGAUCUAGGGUCUAACAUGACAAUGAUGCUUAUUGCUUACAGAAUGAUGUGGGGAAAAAUUAGUAACAAGCACGACAUUUCUUGGGGCAGAACUCUUCAACAGUCUUAAUCUCCCCACUUUGACCAAUUGCUUCUUUGGUGCAUUGAUUCAUUCUUAUUUGAUUGCACUUCUUGGCUCUCCCAUUCAACACAAAGGUGCCCAUGGUGUUCAGACAAGAACAACGUAAAUCACAGGCAGAAAGACAGAACUCCUUGGCUUUUUUCUUGGAUAUGGUAUCUUCCCUCUCACAACGAUUCAAUGGAUUGUUGGAAACCCACAAACAAUCUUUUGAGAUAUCACCAUUGAGCCCAAAAUUGAUGGUAUCCCUUCCACAGGAUUGACAUUUCUUUUUGCAAACACGAGGGCAAAACUCCUUGACCCUACGCUUGGAAAUUCUGUCCUUCUUCUUGCACCUGCGUUUAGUUUUUCUCUUGGCAACCCAUGUACACCCACGGUUCAUUUUGCCAUUUAGGCGGAAGGAAUCAUCAUUAAUACAGUCAGCAUCUGGGACAGAUGGACCUGCAGUUGGAUUCAGACUGGAAAACACUGUUGGUUCAAGACUUGGUUUGAAACUUGGUAGUACACUUGGCAUCACUGAGACGCUAGGAGGUGCACUUGGUUGGGAACUUGGUUCCUCACUUGGUGGCAGGGAAACAACAGCUCCUUCCAAACCUUCUGCCUCCAGUUGAACUGCAAAGUCUCCACUUUGAAUAUCACUUUCAAUACUUCCUGUUACCAAGGAUGGACUAAUUCCAGUUGAUGGGGGGGCGGUGAUCGUGGUAACAAUCUCAAAACAAGUUUUCCCCUCAAUGCUUGUUGGUGCUUCAAAAUCACAGCUCCGUAGAAAUACCUCUACAUGGAUCUCAACAACUUCUGAUACCAUAGAGUUGAGCAUGCGCCCAUUGCUAACUUUGUUUGUUUGAACAGAUGUACAUGCAGUCACAACCUGUUCAGAUGUUGUCCCCUCUGAAAAAGCUGCAUUCGCAGAAAAAGAUGAGCUUGGCGUUUCAGUAGGAACCACUGAAGGUGAUGUAGAUGGAAAAUCAGUUGGAUUCUGAGUUGGAGCAUGGGUUGGACUCUUUGUAGGAGUUCGUGUUGGUUCACCAUCAGCGGGAGUUGGAAUUGGGGUUGGAAGAUCUGUGGGGGGAGGAGUUGGGGGCUUAGUGGGAGGCUG